CGCAAUGGAAAUGUGUGGCGGUUUCCAAAUCCCGGGCCGGAUUACUCACAACCGAACUCGGUUCCGCACGCUCUUGGGCACGGGAAAAGGGGCGGGGGGUGAGAAUGUGGGAGACGGGGGGCGAGAGAGCGAGCAGAGCAAGAGACGAGAGCGCUGUGGCGGAAAGAGCAGAUCUGUCCCUCGGCGAUGCUGGGAUUGAACAGAUUCCCGCUGGAUCCUGCACCUUCCCACGGGAUUUACAGAACCGGAGCGACGCACUGGACCGAUCUGCACGCCCCCACCCCCAGACCACCCCCGCCCGCCUGCAUCAGCGUCUCUCCUCGUGCGUAAAAUUCAAUCCAUGCGGCGCGGAACCGUCUGGCACCGUCCGUGUCGUCGCUGUCGUCGCUGCUGUUGCUGCUGUUGCUGUCGUCUGGCGAGCUGAUCAAACAGGGCCAGCGGCGCAUUCGCGUUUGACACGCGUUUUAUACGACUUGAGCUCCGCGUUACGCUGCGUCUGAAUGCAGCUGCUGGUCGAUAUGAAAGGCGCCUCUCUCCGCGAUAACCCGGGCGGCUCCGCCCGUGCCCGGCUGAGUCGCGACGCGUCGUGACUCGCCGCUGUCACUUCUCAAAGCGCCGCUUCCAACGGAGAAACAACACGGAAGAAAGACGCGGACAGAGAAACAGAGAGACGGAGAGAGAGAGGGAGGCUAUCACGAGUCUGACUGCCGAGGCUUGCGUCUCAACUCACCAUGGUGUUCGAGCGGAACAGCACUCACAUCCUUCCCAUGCAUACGGUGCGCACGUGCGCGGUCAUGUUCUCCGUGGGUCUCCUCGGCAACCUCCUCGCGCUGGCCAUGCUGAUUCGCACCGCGGGCCGCUCCUGCAUCAGCUGCAGCGGCAGAGGCGGCAGGACCGGCACGAGCGGCACCUUCAGGGCCGCCUGCGGCAACAACAACAGCGGCGGUGGCGACGGCGGCGGCCGUGAGCUGGGUGCCUUCUACACCCUGGUGCUGGCCCUCACCGUCACCGACCUGCUGGGCACCUGCCUCACGAGCCCCGUGGCCAUCACCGCCUACGGCCGCAACCUCACGGUGCCCGCGCUCGGCGGCGCGGGGCUUUGCACGUCCAUGGCCGCGUGCAUGCUCUUCUUCGGCGCCGCCACGCAGGGCAUCGUGUGCGCCAUGGCCGUGGAGCGCGUCCUCUGCAUCAGCGUGCCGUUCGCGUACGCGGGCAGCGCGCACCGCGACGUCGUGCUGCGCGUCACCCUCGGCGUCAUCUUCGCGGGCGCCUCGCUCCUGGGCGCCGCUCCCCUCCUGGGCAUCGCCGACGCCGUGGUCUACGAGCCGGGCACGUGGUGCUACGUGGACAUGCGUCCUCGCGGCGGCCGCGACGGGGCCGCGUUCCCGCUCGCGUACGCGUCCGUCAUGGCCACGCUGACGCUCGUCACCGUGGUGUGCAACGCGUGCGUCAUGGUGACCCUGGGCCGCAUGAUCAGGCGCAAGAGGGUCCUGCAAGCGGCAGGGCCCGGCGGCGCGGCCGGAGCUCGCGAGAGACGCCGAAUGCACCGUCAGGAGGAGGACAACCUCACUCUGCUCGUGUCCAUCACCCUCAUGUCGCUCGUCUGCACCACGCCGCUCACGGUCCGUGCGAUCGUCAACGCCGUGACCUCGAAGUCGGACUACCACCGGGACCUCAACGCUCUGCGGCUGCACGCCUUCAACCCCAUCCUGGACCCCUGGAUGUACCUGCUGGGGCGCCAUUCGUUCUUCGUGCGCCUGCACCGCUUCGUGCGCCACCUGUGCGGCUGCUGCCCGAGGCCGCGCCGGGGGAGGGAGGCCCCGGGGAAGGUCUCCACAAGCGCCGCGUCAGGACUCCGCAGAGCGCUCGCGGACACGGGGGCUGAGAGGGGCCUCGUGUCGGUUCGGCGUGGCGAGCAGCAGCCGCUGGAGCAGCAGCAGCAGCGUGAUCCACACCAUCAUCCUCAGCGGGAACACACGGAGCAGCAGCAGCAGCAUCAGCAGCAGCAGCAGGAUCCAAAUUAUAAUCAGCAGCAGCAGCAAGUGCAGCAGCAACAACAAUCCCAUCAUCAGCAGAAGCAGUGGCAGUUGGGGAUGCUGGGGCGGAAUUGUCAACUGCAGCAGCAGCAGGUACAGCUACAGCAGCAGCAGAUACAGCUACAGCAGCAGCAACUUUGUCAUUUGCAAAAGCAGCAGCUGCAGAUGGUGCCACAUGAACAGCAAUGUCUAGAUAAGCAACAAUCUCAUCAGCAGCAGCAGCAUAAACCAGGAACAGCAUCGUAAUCUACAGCAGCAGUAGCUACGGUCGAGGUGGCAACUGAUGGAGUAGCACAGUAAUUUGCUGCACGUCAAUGGUCAACAGCAGCAGUACGAGUUACCUACUCCUUCUGCUCGUGGUGCACGGUACCCACCAGCAGUUGGUGAGAGUACUUGGCUUGUGCCUCCUAUAGGUCGACUCAAGAGUAAAGUUAGCAAUUGCUUGCAGUGUGUUCAACACUAGCACGAGAGAGACAAAGGUGUCCCCGUGCAGGCGUGCAUAGCAUUUGCCACUCUGCACCCCCGUGCGCUGAGCCAGCCUCAAUAGGUGCUCGCUAGCAGAACUUACUUCUACAAUCUAUACGGCUCAACAGAAUACCUUUCAGAUCCCGAGAUAUCUCCACUGCUGGAUGAAGGCUUCUCCGUUCCGUCGUAACCCCGCACGGGUCCUACGAUGCCACAAUCCAUCUCCCUCCUCAAAAUCAACUGAUCUCAUCACUCCAUCUUCGCAAGGAUCAACGUCUUUUGCGAGCUGGUCCAUCACCAUCAUACCCUCUAGACAUGACGUGCCCUGCCCAAGCCUGCUUACUUUUGUAUUAUUAUAGCAGUCAAUAUGGUGUUUCUCAUUUGUGCUUGUUCUUUGAUCCAUGCGUUCCUCUCCCUGGCUCUCAUUGUAAUACCCAGCAUGCACCUCUCAUUGUAAUACCCAGAAUGCAUCUCUCAUUGUAAUA